AGUGUAGUAUCUACAAGCGGGGCGAUGCACAUGGCGGGGUCCUCAACGCAAACACGGUCCCAAGUCCAUCAAGCCAAAGACAUCAUCACCUUCCACUCUCGCCCACACCCCAAACCGAAAGCUCCAGCGCACGCCACACAAGCUGCUGGGCAAAUCGAACAUGUUACCCCUCGGUCUACUCAACGCAGCCCAAGGGCACCCGAUGCUCGUGGAGCUGAAGAAUGGCGAGACGCUGAACGGUCACCUCGUUAACUGCGACAACUGGAUGAACCUGACGCUCAAAGAAGUCGUGCAAACAAGUCCCGAGGGCGACAAGUUUGUGCGGUUACCAGAAGUAUACGUCAAAGGCAACAAUAUCAAAUACCUUCGGGUGCCCGACGAAAUUGUCGACAUUGUGAGCGAACAACAGAAAAACCAAUCCGGCGGUUUCCGAGGCGGCAGAGGCGGCGGUCAGUCAAGAGGGGAUCACGGCGGUCGCGGCGGUGGCGACAGAGGUGGACGUGGUCGUGGUGGCGGCCGUGGGCGAGGACGAGGUGGCAGGGGACAAUGAGCGACACGAGUUCACAAUAGGAUUCGAGCCAUACCCCGGUGACAGGCACAUGUGGACGAACCGCCGCUAUCGCAUGUGGUAUACCGGCGAGGGAGCAGCGUGUCUGCUGUUUCGAGCCUCAAAUAGGCUGGCGAACCGGCAAGGCUCUUGUCGGGGGAGGUUUUGCAAAACAAAUCAUCCAGGGCACAAAGCGUCAAGCACAGGAAG